GUGCACCUGGGCGGCGGCCGGCGCGGCGCCCGGCGGCCCCACGUGCCCGGGCUCAGUCGCUGGAGAGCCGCCGCCGUCAUCGCCCGCUCCGCGCUGCUCUCCGCCGCGCCGACAGCGACAGGUGGCGCUCAGCGGCGCCGACGCCCGCCGCCUGCGCGCUCCACUCUCGCCCCUCGCGGCCCAACCAACAUCCCAUCUCAAAAUGUAUACCGCUGGCUUUAAAUAAAACAUUGAUAAUAUUAGUGAGAUGCAGAUCAGUUGAUAAUGAAAAAUGUUAGUUGAUCUUGUGCUUUCAAAGCUGAGUCGUGAUUUCAAGAUGCUGUCUUAGUUUUUUGGAUUUUAAAUAGAUCGUUACCAGGAACCAGUCUGUUGCGGUAGCGGUCAGUGCCGGUGGAGCUGCUGGCAUGUCGCGGCGAUGACGAGGCCCGCGCUGCGCGGCAUGCCCUGCUGACAUGGCUCGCAGCCGCUCCGCCCUCCUUUCGCUGGCAGCCGUCGCAGCACUCGCCGGGUGUUGUGUGUGCGCGCCGCAAGGCAGUGUGCAGGGCGGCGUGCAGGGCGGCGCGCAGGUCCCGCCGGGCGUGCCGCACAGCACCGCGCCACCCGCCGGCGUCGGCGGCGUCCGCAGAUUCAGUCAGUAUUCCAGAGGGCGCGGCUACCGGGACUGGCGCACGCGCGGGGACCCCACGCUCAUCAACUCGCUCUGGCGCAGUCGGCAACCGCUUGGUAUCCGAAAACAAUUAGGAAACGCGGAGGUGUAUAUAGUGUUGGCCCUCCUAAUCGGGUUCGUGACGGUGGUGGUGGGGUGCUGGCUGUCAGACAACUGCUGGUCGCCGGAGCCCGAGGACGUGCUGGCGGGCGGCUGACCAGUGGCGGCGGGCGCGUGCACGCAUGUGUAGCGCCCGCCGUCCGCGGCGCGCGACAGCGUCUCCGGCGCCGGCUCGCUGUCGCCCGUGCUGCCGCCGCCCGCGCUGCCGCACGCGCCGCCCCGCGCUCCUGCCUUCCUCCACGCUGCCAGACACCUUUGUCGUGGCACGUGCCUCCGCCUCCCCUGUGACAGGAGAAACGAACCUCCAGUUUUUUGACAGGAGCCUUUUCAUCGCUCUUGCCGCAUUCAUGAAAAGACUAACGGGAAUCAUAUUUCCACUAUAGCUAACGGUGGACUAAACGACAAUGAAUCAAUUACUUAGAGAUAAACGUUGUGUGCUACGCAGAUGUGUACUUUGUGGAAAGUGUCUUCUUUGUGAAUCGGUGAUAAUGAUAACGUGCAGGUAAUCGUUUUAGUGAACUGCAAGAGCUUCGAAAUAAAUUUGUAUGUAUUCACUUUAUUAUAUUGUAUGAAUGUAAUGUAUGUAAUCGUAUCAAAGGUACCUACCACGUGAUGUAUCUGUUACUGAGCGCCCGGGAUUAGCCAAUUAGAAGACUCACAGUACUAUUAUCAGAUCUAUCAUCGUAGGGUACGCUUUUAGCGAUCUCUCUAAUUUGGAUUCACCUGACGUAAUUUUACCUGAAAUGUGGUGCGGCUAUGUACUUUCUCUUUGCACCACUUACUAUUGUUUCUAAAAGUAUGUGCCUUGAAAUGCUUUCCUCUACUUGACUCGUAGAUAAGAGCGUGUUUUGAACCAUUUAGAAGAAUUUCUUCUCUCUGUCUGUAUGGACAAGUAAUCCCAUAAGUGCAAUACACAUCAAUACCGUGCCUUUACCGUUCUAUAGACUUUGAGAGGGACGUAAUUAACAAUAGAUUUUAAAAUGCGCUUUCCUUGGUGGAGAGUCACCUACCAAUGAUUAAUUUUGUAUUUUUGUAAAAUGUCCAGCUUCAUUUCUUUAUUUUCAUCAUUAUUUAAACCCGUUAAUAGAAAUAAUAGAGGAAAGUGAAUUAGGACCAAAAUCUUUCAACUAAACGAACGUCAAUUGGAAAAAAUAUCUUUUAAAAUGGAAAUUGCCAUCGCAAUAGGAUAAGGCUCAAUUUGAGAGACAACGACAUAAAACGUGACUAAACGUAGCAUUUUGAUAAUUUUAUUUUGGCAAUUUUGUAUACAUCAUUAUUAUACAUUUAUGUAAAAAAUUAAUCAUUGAAAUGAUAUACCAGUAAUUUUAGAUAUUUGGUACUUAGCUUUUUAAAAAUUUUGUCCACUACAAAAACGAUACCUACCUAUUUUAAAACAAAUAUUGGAUAAAUUCCUAGUCAUAUUAAUAUAUUCAUUAUCAUUAAUAUAAAACUCCUAUAAGUAUGAACCCCGAAAACACUCCUAGAAUAAACACCGUGAAGUAAUUUCACUAAAAAACAAUGCAUGGUACACGCGCUGCUUGAAAUUACAUCGCUAUAUCGCCUUCUUCAGAAUCUGGGUAAUGACAUCGACUCUCUCGUCCUAUGGCACAAUCUCUUUUGCACUUCAACUUCAUCUUUCGUUUACGUUGCGUGUUUAUGAACUCGAGAAUUAUAGUGCUAAAAUAUUGUACAGAUCAUAAACGUAAGUCGAUCGGAUCGUAGAUGUCUGUUACUUAGAAUGACAGUAGAUAGAAGCUUUUACAUUUAAAAUCACUGCGGUAAUAUUUAAGCUGUAUAAGUAGGUAAUAUUUGAUAGGUACGAAGUGCACGAACAUGGUUUGAUCAUAUUAGGAUCAUUUUAAGGUUUUUUAUUGUGCCCUGUUGGUACUUUGUGAUUUAGGCAUGAAUGUAUGUAAUUUAGAUUAAGAAGACAUGAAUUAAAAAAGGUUUCGUUAUUCUCCAAAAAACAAGACGAUAGAAGAAAAGGCAUAUGUAACAUCGAAAUAAUGCAAGCUAUUUCUUAAUAAAAUAUAGCCUACUCAUAUUAUCAUUUUUCCCAAUGACACCAUAAAAGUUUCAAUUCAAUUCAACUCCGCGAAUGUCACAACUAAAUAAUAAUAAUUUAAUUAUUAACAAAAAAUUCAUACAUUGUAAUUUGUAUGUUGUAAAUCUGUUCAUUAAAGUUCGUCAUAGCGUUAAGGAACCCGACUGAAUAGUCAACUUUUUAAGCACUGUAUAAAUAAAACCUUUUAGCAAUUAGCAAAAUUAAGGUAAACAUUUUAAUCGAGUGAAAAACGUCGAUGACUGAGGCCUAUCUCAAGUCUAGGCAUUUUAAUAACAUUAAUGUAUAUUUAAUGACACAGCUGCGAGUAGGGUUGUCAAAAGUUCCAUGAGAAAUAUUAAAAAUCAGUUGUGAUUGAAUUAGAAAUAAACUAAAUAUUUUUUUUUCAAUAGAUUUGGCAUAAUCUGUUUAUUUUCUUUGAGUUUUAUUAAUGCGUGUUAUUAAAAAAAAGACAUGAAAAUCGCCACGGAUAAUUCUUCUGUUUUAUUUGUUGAAUUUAAAACAUUUUUUAUUAAUUUACGUUUAAUAAUGUAGACCAUUGAAAAAGAAAACGCUUUGGCAAAAUAAGACUAAUAGCAUUUUGUGUCAUUCUAAAUAACAUUCACUUAAUUUUAUUUGCAAUGUAAGUAAAACCACAGUUAACAGUGUAGGUACUAGUGUACACCUCUAUUCAUUAUUUCACCCUCAGUGAUUUACGAUGGUAUAUUUGGCAAUCCUAGUCACUGCUGUGGUCUCUUAGAUACCCUGUAGUUACAUUUUAUAUGAGAUGGAGUGCUCCGCUUGUGUGGACGGACUGAAGACUACACUACAGGCCAUUUGUUUUAAUCCCUAUCUGAUAAUAUAGCUCAUAUUUUAUUGGUGUAUAUUUAUUAGUAUUGAUAUUAAAUUGUUGUAUCGUCGAUUUUUUUCAUUACUUAACAAUAUAUCGAUAUUUGUUAGAAAUAUUGUGAAAAUUUGUACUUAAUCGAUUGCCAUUGCAUGUAUUGUAUGCCCCUAUCUAUUUUUGUACUAUUCCUAGAAUUCUAAUCCAUGCGAAUUUAAAUCAUCUUACUAAGACGUUAAAUCUGUUCUCAUGUACUUUGUGCCAAAUUUCGUUUUAUAUGUGUACUAUUAAAAAUGUAAAUAUUUUAUAAAUUAUUUGGUAUCAUUCACAUUUCGCGGUCUGACUGGCUUGGCUGAUUUAGGAAUUGAGAGAACUCAUACGCUCAAAUAAUAUUUAGCGAUAUAAUUAUAUACAUAAUGUAUGUCAUUAUUUGUCACAAAUAAAUUCAAAUAAAUGUAAUAACAUAAACCAGCUGUUAUUAUUAAUGUUUCGUCAGAUAU